AGGGAGCCGGAGAGGGAGGACGGGGGCGGGCCGGGUCGUCCCCCGGCGCUAGGGAACCCGGGAAGGGCCCGACGGUGCGUUUUUCGUCCGGCCGGGCCCGUAGCAACCGGACCAGCUGACGCGUCGGCCGACCAAUGGCAAAGUGGGUCACCGGCGGCCGGGCCAAUGGCGCGACGCGUCCGUCACAUGGUUUUGUUGACGGUCGAGCCGGCUCGGAUCCGUCAACGAGAGUCGAAGAGCCGCAGCGGAGGGUAGGCGACGCCACUCCGCGUAGUUUACGUCGACGGAAGAGCGGACGCGCGCGCGCCAGAUGUCGACAGGCAAGCGCCUGGCCAAGAGGUCGAUCCCCGGGACCAGGGUGUGCGCCCCCGUCGAGGACGGGACCUACGUGCCGGGCGUCAUACAGGCAUGCAAGACGGACGCCGACGAUCGCGACGACGUCUACUGCGUUCUACUGGAAGACGACAGAAGGCGCGAGUACAAGGGACACCAGCUGAUCGGACCGGGGUUCCAGAGCGUUUCCAAAGCGGUUCUAAAGACGGGACAGAAGGUCUACGUCACCUACAACGCCAGGGAAGUUUCGGCCACCGUUAUCGGGCGCAAACCGGAAGGAGACGACGUUCUGGUCAGCCUGAACGGGCGUCCCUGCGUCAGACUGACCAUGAAAUCCGACGAGGUGCGGCUGCUGGAGAGCCGGAAGUCGGCCCGGCUGCAGGAUCAGGACACGGACUACUCGCGACUGGCCGACGGACAGAGCGAACCCAGGCGCAGGGCCUCUUCCCUGGGCAUCGACGUGCCUUUGGGAACGGGGGGAAGAAAGCGACGUUCCAGCGCGGAGGAUAACGUGAUGGACGAUUGCACGGCCGCCAUGGUGUUGAUGAGUCUUUCGUGCAGCCCCAAGUCGAGUCGUCCUUCGGAGCCAGGUCCCAGCGGCAGUUCGUGGGCCAGCGAGUCUAGUUGGUCGGGCGAUCGGUCGCCCACCCGCAGCCCUCCUUCGCCCGACGAUCGACUCUCGCCCUCCAGGGACGAGGGCAUCGACGUAGAUGACGUCGGAGGCUUUCGCAGGGAUUCCUCCACCGCCGACUCGCAGGUGAUGACCAAAAUCGUCUUCCAAUGCACUUGGCCAGGAUGCGCCAAGCGGUACGCCGUCUGCGAAGACGUGGAGAGACACGUCUGCGUCACUCAUUUGGGGAGGAACCGAGUGGGAGAAGCGGAUCGCGAAGAAGAAUUCUAUUACACAGAAAUCGAAGUGGAAAAUUGCCGGUCCGUACCUCCGUCCGUCCGGGGUCCCAGUAUAUAUUCUUCGUCCGUGCCCACUCUCAGCCAUCUGGACAUGGCGCGACCCCCUCACGAAGAUCCCGAAUAUGGACGUCGCUCGGCCGAACAUCCCGUAUUGCUGGAAACAAGUUCAGGUCCUGUAAAUAUACCAUCUUCAUCUUUUCCAAUGUCCUGGUCUAUGCACGGAUAUCCUGCCAGUGCUCCAAGCACGAUGGGCUCUUCUCCGCAGAAAUUUUUACGAUUGACUUCCAAGACGGCCUCUUCGCCCGGUAAGGUACCUCCACACCGGAAGGGAAGGUCGGAAAGCCGGAAGUGUCGGAAAGUAUACGGAAUGGACAACAGGGAAGCCUGGUGCACGCAGUGCAAGUGGAAGAAGGCCUGCAGCAGAUUCGUGGACUGAGAUCAUUUUUCUCGAGAAUUGGUUGGUCACCAUGUGCCUUACUUUUUUUUUAUACGAUUAACGAAAUCCCCCCGGAGACCAUAGCUCCCAUCGGACGCUCAUCCUUCACCGUAUAAAAAAUUUUUUUAAAAAUUUUAAACCCGUGUAUAAAACGCCAAACGGUUUUUUUGUAUCUGUCGUGUUAUAUGUAAAUAAAUAAUCAUACGUA